ACCGAAAUCAGUAAAGAAUCUCAUAUCAUGGUGCUCACGACCUAUCUAUGAUUGAAUUCAGCCAGCCAUACACGUCCUUAUCGAAUAUCCCAGACCCACCUUCUUCAUCAUUCGUAUUUACUUCCACUCCCUUUCCAACAUUACUUCAUCAUUCUCGGCCUUUAUUUUCUGUGUAUCCCCAUGCACCCUUUUGGAUUCUCAUUGUCUUUUCAUUUAUUUUUCUUGUUCCGUCUCUGAAAUGGUAGCUAACUCGUCUUCUGCUUCCUCUGAGACUGAGACAUCACCCUCUCCGCAUGUGGUUCAAGUUCAGGUGGUUCCUAAGUCUGUGUCGGAUAGAUUGUUGGACAAGUUCUAUGAUAAGUCACAGUUCGACUUUGACUACGAACAGAGUGGGCUGUGGUCUCCUCCGGUUCGUCGAACCGUGUUCUUGAACUCGCAAGGCAAGAUCUUUUCGGAGAAAGAGAUGCUUCAGAGAUUGGAGAGUAUAGCAGAUGCAACUGGAGGUGGUGGUCGUAGAGAAAACAGAGGCCGUUCUGGUGCGCGAAAAUUCCUCUCAUGUUGGUUUCGUGGGAAUGUGAAGAAGGAAGGAAGUUUUCUUGUUCUCGCAUCUUGUAGGAGAAAGAGCAGAUCAUCGAGCCUCUAGUUCUGAACGGAUCAACUAAGCAUCUUCUUAAAGUUCAUCACAAGCAUGGAUGGAUUCUGUUCUUGAUCUCUAUGCUGACCCCUAAAUAAAAGGGAAAGUAUAGCUUUGAACCACUUGACUGAUGUUUUCUGUAUUAAUGGCUUCGAAAACAGGGCAAGAUCUUGAUUGGAAUUUGAGCUUUAGAGGCAUUGAUGAUUGAAGAAGCAGAAUCCGAGGAUAGUACGUGCAGGAAGGUAACUAUUAUUAAAUGUCCAAGUCCUUCAAAGUGGGAACUGGUAUUCCAACUUACUUGUAGAAAAAGCUUAUGACUUACAAUCUAUAAUUGACACUGUUCUUUGAUUA